GCCGAUGCAAGCAGGUCUUCAGAACAAAAAGUUUCCUCUGUGAAGACAAACGUGUGGGCUCUUUCUCCUGGGGUUGUGUGCAUACAGAGAUCCGAUAAUCGCGUUUUAUGUGUGAGCGCACGGAGGGUUGGACACAUUAAAGGAGCAUCAGGAGGCGGCAGAGACGCUUUACAGACGAAGCAAGAAAAGAGAGAAAGGGAGAGAGAGAGAUUAUCUCACUCUCCCAGUCGCAGUCGCAACCGGAUCACAUCCAGCUUGUCUCUCCACACGGUAAUAGCAGGACAAUGUCUAGUAAAGCGACUUUAGCCUUACUCAUCUAUGGAAUCAUAAUGCACUACAGCAUCCACUGCUCACCUCUCGGGCUAAACUAUCCUAACCUUAGACUUGAAAAUGAGGUUUAUGACGAGGAUGGAAAUUCGUUACCGGACUUGGCUUUUGACGGUGAUCAAAUUGCUAUAAGAAGUCCCCCAUCUGUGGCGGACGACGUGUACACUUUAUACUACCCACCGGAGAAAAGAACGGAAAGGCAUGCAGACGGAAUGUUUAAUAAAGCCUACAGGAAAGCGCUGGGUCAGUUAUCAGCAAGAAAAUAUCUCCAUUCUCUGAUGGCAAAGCGUGUAGGUGGAGGGAGCACCAUGGAAGACGACUCAGAGCCUCUGUCAAAGCGACACUCGGAUGGGAUCUUCACAGACAGCUACAGCCGCUACCGAAAGCAAAUGGCAGUCAAGAAAUACCUGGCGGCAGUCCUUGGGAAAAGCCCUGAAGACUUAGGUUUUCACCAUAUUCUACAAGACAUAGACUUUGAUGCCCUACCGGAUGGGGAUGAGUUUGAGGCUAUUUUGGGAGACUGGCUGAAACAGUUCUCUCCCGAAUUUCCGGCUUUGUGACGCAGGAUGCAGCUUGCGGCUGUGGUGCCUUGCUUCGACUUUAAAAUCGCCACGAAUCACAGAUGGCUAUUUUAGUAGCCC